CUUGAAUGAACGCUUCAAGCCGAGUUCUAGUCUUCUUCCUUCUUAAGUAAUGAUAUUCUAACAACAUGACUACUAAUCCAAAUGCGUCCAAAAUCCAUCCCAAUAACCUCUUGACCAGGGUCAAAGAGGGCCGCAUCUGCACAGCUUUCGGUAUCAAAAUUAUCCCCACAGGAGAGAUUGUCCAUAUAGCCAAAAGCGCAGGCUAUGAUUCUCUGUUCAUUGACCUGGAGCAUACUACUCUCACCUUGAAGGAUGCCGGUCAACUCUGCAUCACCGGAUUGUCUGCAGGAGUUACCCCUUUCGUGAGGGUUCCUCACCAGUGUGGAAGUGGGUUCAUCCAGAGAGUACUUGACGCUGGAGCAAUGGGCGUAAUUAUCCCCCACAUCCAUGGGGUUGAGGACGCGAAACAGGUGAUACAAACGUCAAAAUAUCCACCAAUCGGCAAACGGUCCCUGACCGCGGGCUUACCUCAAUUCAAUUAUAUGCCCCUGUCUGCUACGGUGACUGCCCCUCAACUGAAUGAGUCGGGCUCAACCGUCUUCCUGAUGAUUGAAACGGUUGAUGCUUUGGAGGCGGUUGAUGACAUUGCAGCUUUGCCCGGUUGUGACGUCCUUCUAGUUGGCUCCAAUGAUCUUGCCACAGAGAUUGGCAUUACGGGUGACUUUGACCAUCCCAAGUUCAUGCAGUCUCUAGUAAAGGUGGCUGAAGCAGCUAGAAGGCACCAGAAGAUCUUUGCAAUAGCCGGUCUGUACCAUCGACCAGACUUGAUGGAUAAAGUUGUGAAUGACCUUGGUGCUAGGUGGGUGGUUGGAGGGCAGGAUGUAGGGCUGCUCGUCAAUGCUACUCGCCAGAACAAUCAAGCCUUGAAAGCUAUACAGAGAGUCUGAAUAUAAUAAAACGAGGGAGGUGGUUUGGAAAUAAUUUCUUG